CUCGCCGUAAUACUUUGUUCAAAUUCCCUACCGUCCCUCCCACGUACGUACUACAAAAUGAACGCGGAUGCGCUUGACGGCCGCCUACUCUUCGCCAUCCCGAAGAAAGGGAGGUUACACGACAAAUGUCUCGAGCUUCUUGCAGGUGCCGAUGUUCAAUUCCGGAGACACCACCGAUUAGACGUAUGUCUGGUCAAGAACCACAACAUAGCGCUCGUAUUCCUCCCUGCAUCCGACAUCCCGUCCUUCGUUGGCAAGGGUAAUGUCGACCUCGGGAUCACCGGCCAGGAUGUCAUCCUCGAGGCUCAGAUGGGUCAGUACGUCACAGAGGUGCUCAAGCUCGGCUUCGGCAAAUGUGCGCUGCAAGUCCAGGUGCCUGAAGCAGGCCCCAUCAAGUCAGUUGAGGACCUGGCGGGGAAGCGUGUUGUUACGAGCUUCGAGGUUCUCGCAGGGCAGUACUUCAAGGAGGUGGACGACCGCCUGAAUCUCCAGGAGGGACAGCAGACGCGGAUAGAAUACGUCGGGGGCAGCGUGGAGGCUGCCUGUGCGCUGGGGCUUGCGGAUGGUAUCGGUGCGUGCCUGACGAACGUGCCUAUAGAAUCCGGGGACACGAUGCGCGCAGCCGGUCUGCACGCCAUCGCGACCGUGCUCCAGACCGAAGCUGUUCUCAUCAAGUCCAGCACAACCAAACACCCCGCACUCGAACCGCUCAUCAAGGUCAUUACGAGCCGCAUCGCUGGUGUCGUUGCCGCCAGCCGUUAUGUCGUCUGCGAGUACAACAUCCCACGCGACAAGCUCUCUCAGGCGACGACGGUGACACCGGGGCGUCGUGCACCGACGAUCAGCCCGCUCGAGGAGGAAGGCUGGCUGGCAGUCAGCGUCAUGGUCGAGAAGGCAAAGAUCGCGGAUGUGAUGGACGAAUUGGUCAAGAUCGGCGCUGAGGAUAUCAUGAUCUUCAACCUCGACAAUUGUCGAGUGUAA